GGCCUACAAAUACCGCGCAGCUGCCGUUGAGGCGGUCUACGAACUACCAUCGGGCUUGACCAACGACGCAGCGUCAGGGCUGAUAACGAAUAACUAUUAACGACGAACAUCUGCCGUCGGAGCUGGCUACCGACUUCGUGCCUCUGCCGUCAGGGCUGACCACUAACGCCGUGAUCGCCUCUAUGCCGUCAAGGUACCCACCCACCAAGUCGAUCAAAGCCGCGCAACUGCCGUUGGGGCUGUCGAAUAGCGCUGCGACCUUACCGUCGGGGCAGUCGAACAAUGCCGCGAAUCUGCCAGCCAGGUUGCCGACGGGGCCGGUACCAACCUCCGCGACUCUGCCGUCGGAGCUGCGGACCAACGUCGUGACCCUGCCUUCGGGGCUGCCGACCUACGCCGUAUCCUGUCGUCGGGGCUGGCGGCCGUUUCGGCUCUUCUCUGCCAGUCGUCGGGUCAUUCGAACAAUGCCGCAUAUCUUCCGGCCAGGCUACCGACAACACGUGCCUUUGCCGACGGGGCGGCUGACAAAUGUCGCGACCCUGCCGUCGGCGCUGCCGAUCAACACCGUGACCCUGCCGUCGGCGCUGCCGAUCAACUCCGUGGCCCUGCCGUCGGCGCUGCCGAUUUACACCGCGACCCUGCCGUCGGGGCUGCCGACGACACCGCGACCCAGCCGUCGGGGCUGCCGACCGACACCGCGACCCUACUGUCGGACCAGACAACCGGCACCGCGACCCUACUGUCGGACCAGCCGACCAACGCCGUGACCUUGCCGUCAGGACUGCCGACCGACACCGCGACCCUGCCGUCUUGGCUGCCGACCGACACCGCGACCCUACCGUCGGGGCUGCCGACUGUCACCGCGACCCUGCCGACGGGGCUGCCGACCAAUGCCGCGACCCUGCCGUCAGGGCUGCCGACUGUCACCGCGACCCUGCCGACGGGGCUGCCGACCAAUGCCGCGACUCUGCCGUCGGGUCGGAUGACUAACGCUGGUACUUGCCAUCAGUGCUGCCCACUAACUGGCGACCCUGCUAGCUGCGCUGUCCAAUAACACCAUAGUCGUCGUGUACUCAGACAACUAAGCGCCGGUAACAUCUGAACUGGUAUGUGUAGAGUAAUUACCAAACUGUCAACGGUUCUUUGUCGUCAGGCGAAGCCACCACCGUUUUAAUACUUAGGAACCGAAUGGUUAUAAGCCAUCUUCGCUCGACAACAAACGAACGAAUCCAGUCCCCGUCAAUACGAUGUAGCGCCGCCGUCAGUGAGCCCGACAAAUUACCGAUUAAGGCGUCCUAUUCGACGGCUAAACUCUAUCCAUCGAAUGUGACCUUAACUACUAACGCCACAGCAACAUUAUUUUGCUGACUCUACUCACAAAAGUUGUUUAAACCAAAACUUUGCUUUAUGGAUAUAAUUGCAACGUAAGUUAAUAUUUUAAGAAAUAUUUUUUUAACUUGUCGAUAAAAUAAUGUGACACGUCAUUGUUCAAAAUGCCUUGUGUAAUAUAUUGUGGUAUUAAUUAAAUCUUGUUCAAACAUUAUAUUGCAUUGUGUUGCAUGAAUAAUGGUAAUUUAUUACAGAAUCUGCUGAAUAAUAAUUAAGAUUUUCAUACGCUAAGUAUAACACAAAUAUUUUCUUAGAUGCUCUUUCUACUAAUGUAUUGAUUUCAGAUGGCAGUAUCCUUAAAUUUUCUUUCUAUUAUUGAUAUACCUAGUAAUUUUGUUUCGUAUACGUUAAUUUAUACUCAAAGUUAUGUUUAAGCUGUACACAUAUAUUUUUUAUUACUUUUAUACUUGUCUCAAUAUAUUUCAGCAAAAUAACUUUUUAUUCUAGCGAAAACAUUCCGUAAGCAUUUCUGAAAAUGAAAAAAUAAAUAAACGGAUAACACUACAAGUUAUACGAUAAAAACGUAAUUUCAAAAAGCAUUUAAUGUAAAAAAUCUCAAAUAAAACUUGCUUUAAAAUACUGCUUCGAAUAUUAACUGGACAAUACUGACUGCGCAAACGGGAAAAGAAUGAGGAUGAGAGUCCAUGAUUGAUUUAUAAGAUUAUUUACGAGUACAUUAUGUACUUCAUGAUAACUUUUUCUGCUAUGUAUUGAGCAAUAUUUCAGAACAUUCCAAAAUGCCAAAUUGUCACUGUAAGACUUACAUCGAUAUAAAGCACAGCCUAAACACACUCCUAAGACGCUUAACUUACAGCUUAUGAGAAAUGCACAGGAUUCUUCCAAAUAUUGUUGGUGAGGAUACCAAACUGCUUUCCCUUGGUAUUACAAUUUAAAACGAGUAACCAAAACCGGUAUUACAAAAUUUUGCUAUAAGAAAUCGGGUCUAUAUAAAAGGAUAUUCCAAAAUGCAGAAUAACUACAAGACAAUUUUAAAGUUAAAGAGUGCAAUCAGAAAAUGAUUUAAAAUAAUGUGAGUAAACCGUGAGAAAUUUACAUAUUCUUUAAAAAUUACGCAAGGAUAAAACCAAUAAAUCAUUAACCUAUAAAGUCUAUAAUAUGAAAGUUUAAAUGUUCGUUUUGUGUACGUAUAAGAAAAUAUUUCAUAGGAAAUUUCUUAAUAGUCAUUAGGCGACCUAAAUACAUGAAAAACAAUCAAGGAAUAAUAACAUUCAACUGAAUUGAGUAUACUAUAUCGAUAUAAAAUGCAAAAAGAUGAACUAAAUCAGUAAAAUGUGAAAUUAUGAUAAAAGUGUCCGUUACAAUCGGAACUUACGAAGUAUAUGAUAUGUAUGUGUUAAAGCUUUUACAUAUGGUUAAGUGGUGAGCAAUAUUUAAUACUUAGUUUGUUAAAACAUCAGCAGUAAAGUGAGAUGAAUGAAUUUUAAUUGCGAAUAGAGAAUUUAAUAUGGUUCAAUUAUGGCUUUUCUUCGGUAUAAUACCUAUAUGGAAAGUUUGAAAUUUCGUUUUCGGGUAUGUAUAAGAAAAUAUUUCAGGGACAUAGACUUUUAUACAUGAAGUACACUCAAUUGAUAAUUUACAAUCAAUUAAAUCAGAUCUCGUGAAAAAACGUAUAUGUGGCCUAAUCCAUGCCGAUAAUAUAAAACUAUAGUUUGUUCAAAUAUAGCCGUGGAGAAUUUAAAUAUAAUGUGCUAUGACCGUUCUUCAGUACAAAUAAAAAGCUUCAAAGUUGGUUUUUGGGUAUGUAUGGGAAAAUAUUUCAGGGACAAAAAAUUUCUAAACAGUUAUAGGGCGGACUUUAUACAUGAAGAACAAUCAAGGGAUAAUAACAUUCAAUUGAAUAAGAAUGGUGAAAAUAUAUUAUAUCCGCAAAGCUGAUGAUAGAAAAUAUAAAAAGAUGAGCUGAAUGAGUAGUACUAAACCGUGGUAAAAGUGUCAAGUUACGAAUUAUUAUGUUUUGUAUUCUAAAUAAUGCUUGUGAAGUGAGUGGUGAGUAUUAUAUCUAUUACUUAGUUAACAUGCAACAUUACAGUGGAGUGAGAUAAAUACAUUUUAAAUGAGUGAAUUUAAAUAUAAUACACGAAGUAUUUUAUAGCAAAUAGGUAACAGUAACAUAUCAGCUUCCAUAAUAAUUAUAAAUUGUUAUACACUUAAGUUUAGAUUAGAGUGCCUAUAUCUUGUUUAAAUAUAGUGUAUAUUAAUUAAAUUGUUUAACCGAAUCGCUCUUUAUUCUUAACUUCAUACAUUCUGUAGGUUGCGCCAAUUUAUUUUGUCAGCAGGAAUUUGAAUGUGGAACAAGAGAAAUGUAUAUACAAAGAAGUCGUUAAAUCCAUACCUUCUUUGUAAUAUUGAGUUAUUUAAAGAUUUACUAAAAGCCUGACAAUAAGAUAUUAUAAUUUAUUUACUAAUGAAAGGAGAUUACGUUUUUGCCAAAAAGAUAGUUUAAAGCAAAUUUAAAAAAUUAAUACUUUGAUUUACGACGCCAGGUUUAAAAAGAUUGAGGUAAAUAAUGUUCAGUUACCAUCACAAGUUUCUGUUAACACAUCUAUAACAGGAAUUCAAAGAUUGAUUUAAAAGAAAACACAAAGAAAUAAUAACGACAGAAUUUCCUACAGAGAAUAAUAUAAGGUAAAAAUUAAUAAAUAUAACUCUGAAAUAAUUAUAAUUUAUAUAAUUUUUCAACUAAGCAUAGGAUGUUUUAAUUAUUUUUGUCAACAGAACUCUGUAGACUGGUAACUGGUUCUAAACGACAAGAAAGUAUACAUCGAAACUUAAAAAAAUGCCAAAUAGACGCAAGGAAACACUUCGAAAAUUUCUUUUUAAUGAAAUACGUACUUACUAAGAUUUGGUUAUCGAUAUAAUUAAUAACAAACUACUUGUACAUACUUCUGGUGUGGUACUUUCAUUUUUUGCACAAGCAACUUCUUUUAAAUGGUAGGAUAUGCGUGUAUAAUAUUUUAUUCACAGGUAUGAUUCAAAGCAAUUUUUAAAAGAAAGAAUGUCAGGGGAAGAAAACUUAAUACAAGGUUAAAAAUGUAAAUAAAUAAACAAUAAAAUUAUGCAUUGUAUAAUGACACCGAAAGUAGAAAAUUGGCACACAAAAUUGAUAAUAUUUAAAGGCAAGUCGUAAAAUUUUAGUGCCGAAUAUGACAUAUGUAACUACGUUCCAAAAUAACUUUUCAGCUCAAUUCAAACAAAAUGAAACCGAAAUGUAAGCAGAAUUUAAUAGACAAUAUUUGGAUUGAAGUAUUAUGGAGGAGAAAGAAAGUAAAUCUCGUAUUUGAUUAAAACCAGAGACAUGAUAAAAAGAAAAAACAGAAUAUAAAUACUAAAGACCACGUAGACUAAACUAUAUUGAUGAUAUUGCAAAUAAAAAUAGUUAAAAGGACUAAAGACCAAAAAAUAAAUACAUGACUGAUGACGUUGUGCGGACGGCGAUAACUAACAAGUAUGUGGAGAAGACAGUGUCUGAUGACCCAGUGAAGUAAGAUUAAGAUUAAGAACCCGGCGGAGAAGUUGAAGACUGAUGACCUAGCGAAGAAUGAAGGCCCUAUAGAGAAGUAGUAGAUCGGGGACCCGGUGAUGAAGAUGAAGGCGAAGACGAAGACUGACGAUCCAGUGACGAAGACGAAGAUUGAAAACCCGGUGGAGAAGACGAAGGCUAAACAGUAAACACCCAUUGAAAAUACGAAGACUGAUGACCCAGCGAACAAGAGGAAGACUGAAGAUAUAUAUAAGACAAAGACUGAUAACCGUGUGUAGUAAAUAGAUAAAGAUAAAGACUGAAGACCCGGUAGAGAACACUUUAAGCACAAGUUCGGCCUCACCUAGAAGACCCGAUGAAGUAGACCAAGAGUGAUGAUUCGGCAGCGGAUCAGACGAAGUCAAAGACCCCCCCCCCCCAGCGGAGAAGAGGAAGAUUGAAGCCUAGCGGAGAAAAUGAAUAUUGAAGACCUAGCGGCGAAGACGAAGACACAGCUGAGUAGACAAAGACUGGAAGAAGACGAACACGGAUGACCCAACGGAGAAGACAAAGACUGAAGUUCCAGCGAGGAAGGCGAAGACUGAAGACCCAGCCGAGAAGUCGAAGAUUGAAGACUCAGCGGAGAAGACGAAGAUUGAGGACCUUGCGGAGAAGAUGAAGACUGAAAAUCCAGCGGAGAAGGCGAAUACCGAGGACCCAGCGAAAAAGCCUAAAACUGAAGAUCCAGCGGAGAAGAGGUGGAUGGAAGUCUCGGUGAAAAGAAGAAAACUGAAGACUCAGCGUUGAACACGAAAACUGAAGACUCAGCGUUGAACACGAAGACUGAAGACACAGCAAUGGAGACGAAGACUGAAGACACAGUAAUGGAGACGAAGACUGAAUACUGAGCGGUGAAGACGAAGACACAAGACCCAGUGGAGAAGACGAAGACUGAAGAGCCAGCAGAGAAGUUUUGCAGUUGUCAAAACUAUACUGAAAAAAAGACUGUAGACCUGAAAACCCUAAAAGAUAGACAGAUAUUGAUGUCACGAUGGAGGAAACUAUUACUGAAAAAGACCUGGUGGAGAAUAGACUGAUGAAUCUAUGCAGAAAACGAAGCCUGAAGACUAUGCAGAAUAUAACUGAAGGCUCUAUGCAGAAGACAAAGACUGAAGUUUAGGCGUAGAAAAUAAAGACUGAAAACUCUGUGAAUAACUUAAAAACUUACAAGUAAAAGUAAAUGUUCUAAACUAAUACACUGCAUAAAUUGAACACUGAAGACCCAUUGAAUUAUAUAGUAGACUAUGAAAACCAAAUAUAAACAAUGCUAUGAAAAUUUUUAAAAACAAUAACUGAAAAAUUUAAAAGAAUAGUAGAAAAUAAAUGAAAGCAAAAGCAUAAAGCAUGAAUACGAAAGCGAAAGUAGGAGAAGUACGAAGUGAGAAGAUCUAGGAUAAGGACUGAAUGAAGACCGAAGGCGAAACUUGAAAAUCUAAAGACCAAAUACGAUGCCAAAAUACCGAAGUUAAAGCCGAAAAACCAAAAAUGUAGUCUGAAGAGAAAAGACGAACCUUGAAAAUCGAAGACUAAGUAUGAAGAGAGAAGACCAAGCUUGUAGAACGAAGCCGAAUCCUUGAAGUCCGAAGACAUAGCUUGAAGCUCUAAGACGAAAUCUAAAGCCCGAAGACGAAGCCUGAAGCCCGAAGACUAAGCCUGGAGCCCGAAGAUGAAGCCUGGGAAGCCCGAACACGAAGCCCGGAGUUGAAGCCUGAAGCUCGAAGACGAACCCUGAAGCCCAAAGACUAAGCCUGGAGCCCGAAGACUAAGCCUGAAGCCUGAAUACUAAGCCUGGAUUCCGAAGACGAAGCCUGUGAAGCCCGAAGAGGAAGCCUGAAGCCUGAAGCCCGGAAACGAAGCCUGAAGCCUGAAGACGAAGCCUAAAGCCUGAAGACGAAGCCUAAAGCCUGAAGACGAAGCCUAAAGCCUGAAGACGAAGCCUGACCCCAGAUGACGAAGCCUGAAGCCCGAAAACGAGCCUGAAGCCCGAAGACGAAGCCUGAAGACCGAAGAAAAGACAAAGCCUAAAGACUGAAGGCUAAGCCUGAAUACUGAAAAUGUAGCGUGAAGACCGAAAACGAAGCCUGAAGAUUGAAGAGGAAGGCAUAAAACAAAGCCUUGUUAUUUACCAAAGCGAAGCUAAAUAACGAAAAGUAGGCAAAGAAAGAAUGUGACAAACGAAAGCCACAGCAAAAAUACACACAGAAUACAAUUUCCUAUUUAUAAACAACCAAGGCAGCUGAUUAAGAUAAAAUCAAAAAUAUCAAAUCAUUAAUCCAUGAUUCCAUUAUUCAUAUGACUCUUAGAUUCAACUAUCCAAACGGCGAUAUCUUCACCGCCUCAUGUAUCAGAUCGUUCUUCGUAUGAAAACCCUAAACAGUAAAGAGUAGAUGCAACCAAACAAAAGUGAUUCUUACAUCAAAAUAUGAAUGAACUCAAACAAAUACAAUGUCGACGAUAUCCACCUAAAAAAAAUAUGUUUAAUUCCGCCCAUCCUUACCAUGCAUUUGAUACUGAAGAAGAUUACUUUUUCUAAAAUAAUGUACUUAUUUGUAAAUAACUAUUUGUAAUUAGUUUUUAGAAAAUAAAAUUCUCGAAAAUUAUUGUUUUGUUU